AUGGUGAGAGAGAACGAGAGAGAGAGAGAGAGAGAGAGAGAGAGAGAGAGAGAGAGAGAGAGAGAGAGAGAGAGAGAGAGAGAGAGAGAGAGAGAGAGAGAGAGAGAGAAGAGAGAACGAGAGAAAAGAAAACGAGAGAGAAAGAGAGAACGAGAGAGAGAGAAAGAGAGAGAAAGAAAACGAGAGAGAAAGAGAACGAGAGAGAGACGAGAGAAAGAGAGAGAGACAACAAGAGAGAACACGAGAGAGAGAGAGAACGAGAGAGAGAGAGAGAGAGAGAGAACGAGAGAGAGAGAACGAGAGAAAGAACGACGAAAGAGAGAGAGAGAGAGGGAGAGAGAGAGAGAGAGAGAGAGAGAGAGAGAGAGAGAGAGAGAGAGAGAGAGAGAGAGAGAUAGAGAGAGAGAGAGAGAGAGAGAGAACGACGAUGUAGAAAAUAGAGUAUGCACGAAAACUACGACGAGUAAAAACGGAAGAGAAAGGAAUAAGGAAAACGGCUACGUUACUGAGCAAUGA